AUGAAUCCUUUUAAUUCAGAAGUGCAGUACGAUGGAUACUUGGCUGGAAUAAUCACAAGAAUCAACAAGUCUUCAGCGCUCACCUUGAGUGAGCUAUUGAAGGAGCUUCUGCAAUAUCUUCCAAAUAGCAACUACCGUUCUGACUACAAAAUCAUUCUGAAGACAAUUCUACCACACUUGGAUAGUGUGGGAAAGGACACGGUAAACAAGAUUGUUUAUUUUCUGGCCAAAAAACUGGGAGCAGACUGUCUAAGGUCCAUUCAAGUUCAGUGGCUAUACUCAAAUAUUGAUUCGCAGGACUCAUGCUCCAAAAAGCUUAUUAGCGAUUAUUUCGACAUUUCGCUUGUAGCAAAUGAGUUUGAGAAGUUUUUAAAAUUUGAGGACUGCUUGAAAGAUCUGCAAUGCUUUAAGUUUCUGGUUGAAAGAAGCAAGGAGCCGCAUUAUUUCGAUAUUUCAAAAAUGCCUCUCCAGACCUAUUUGGAGCUGGACAUAAUAUACGAAAUAUUAACUAUUCUAAAGGCGCGGAGCCCACUAUGUUUCAUCAAAGACAAUAUUAAAGAGAGCGACAAACUUGGUAGGCUAUCAAAGGAAGUCUUCGAAAGGAUACAUGGCCUGUCAAACCAAUUGCUGAUGUCCAAAAAGUACAGGAUACUGCUUGAUAUUUAUAACUACUUGGAUACAAAAAUAUACCAGGAAUCCGCAUACCUCACUCCUGACCUUAUUAAAGAUGUAUUUUUCAGAAGUGUAAAUAAUGAGCAGGUUGCCGAUACUGGAGAAGACAUUGUUCUUGAAAACUUGGCUGUACGGUCUCUCAACCAGCUGGAUGUGUUAAUGCCUUAUAUAUUAAACAGAGAGGCGUUUAUACUCAGGAAUAUAGACGAUUCCAUGUGUAUUUUUGAGCUGAUGAUAAAGUACAAGGUUUCUGCAUCUUCAGUCUUAGACAAUAUUGACAAGUUUGCCCCAGCAGCCGAGCAAUCCAUAAAAAGGCAUUAUGUGCAGAGGGCCUGUCCAUACCAUAGUGAUUUGUCUUUGUAUUACAGUCAGCAUUCUGAAGAGAACGCAUCAAUACUCGAUAGUAUAUAUAGUGUUUUCAACGGCAGGUACAAGAUUAUUGUUGCUUGCAUCACAGGCAAGUCUCUAAAUCCAAGUGAGUUUCAAGUACGGGACAUUGAUGAUGCGAUGGAGCACUCCGUGCAUGUGUUCCCUCAGGAAUUUUUCCACACAAACUCGUUUACAUCUUCAGCCUUCUAUUUUUUCAAAAAAUAUCCAGAAACACUCAGCAGGCUUGUUAAGACAGAAGAGCUGGAUGGGUUUCUUUCAUGCUUCCCAGCAACAAAACCUGAGCAGAUUGCCAGAUACAUUACAGACAUUGAUGUUCUAGUCAAAUAUCUUUCAAGCUUGCCCAAAAAUGAAGCACUGAAGCUAUGCUUUUUAAAUACUUAUCCCAAGCUAAAAAUAGCAUAUCUUUAUUACUUGAGAGAUGAAAUUGAACAGUUUGAUGUGGACUAUUCUGUGGUUUUUGAGCAUUUUUUCCAGGCUGAUUUUUUAAGAUACUUGCUCCAGAAAAGCAACAACAUUGCCAACUUUAUUGCCAACUGUCUUUUGUACAUCAACUGUUUACCGUUUAAAAACACGGUUAUGUAUAAUGGAUGCAACUUUGACACUGAGCCUGAGUUUUACUACAAUCUUGGACAGCCAGAACGCGAUGCUGGAUUGAAAAUAUUAUUUCUUGUGCUUUCAAGUGUGAGGCUCGAUUUAAAGCUUGAAUUUAUACUUCACAUCAUUGAGAUUAUACUAUUUUAUCCUUUUAAGUUUUCCGAUAAAUUAAAGAAGCAUCUGGAAGCAGUGGAAGAGCAGAGAAGAUACCGGGAGAUGUUUAAUUUAAACGACAAAAACUUUAUACUCGACAGGCUUUUCAUUGAAAACUUUGAGGGCAGAGUCAAAUUGGAGACUCUGAAAAUCAAUACCAAAAAAGCACAAGAUGUGAUAUUGAGAAAUGCAAUAGUGCCGAGACGCUAUUUAAUGGGCCUAAGUCCAUCGUUUUUGAGUGGCAAAGCACUUGAAAAUGCAAUUCAUUCUAUUUGUAGCAACAUUUCUGGAUGUUCGCUGGUAGACUCCAGCAAUCUUAAGGUUUGUUUUGAUCUGGAAGGCUCAGAAACAGACCGUCUCAAAUCCCUAAAUUUUAGUUCAGAAACAUCAUCUUCAAGUCACAAGCCAGCCAAUGUCUCAUCUUUGGUAGAUAUUUUCUUUGAAGAGUCCGGCAAAUCCGAUAUUGCCAGCUUCACCUAUCUCUUAGAGGAUGACGAAAUACUUCGCUUAUCUGAGUUUAGAAGCGAAAGAUUCUCUAUUUAUGACCCGUACCUCACAAUUGUUGCCGAGAAAUAUUCUGAGAUGCUCAGUAACCUGUACAGCAUUUCAAGAUUGGAAAAUGCUGACGAACAUGCGGUGCUUGAGCUAAUUCUGCAGCCACUCUCCCACCUGAAGUAUUCUUUCUGGGCGGUUCUUUCCAGAACCCUCUUUACCACCAAUAAUAUCUACAUUUCAUUUUUCAUUGAGAGAAUUCUCACUCGCUACAUCGAAGAUGACAAUGAUUCGAAUUUUCUACGACAGAACUCAAUCAUGCCGAUUAAACAGUACGUCUCACUAUGUUGCGACUCUGAGUUAAGUAUGCUUGCAUUUGCACUGCCGAACCUGUUCUGUAAACUAAAUAUUAAAAAGACUCUGAGCUUUGAAGAGCUGAUUAGGUUAUCCAUUGACAGAAAGAUUGAUGGUGGAAAGAUAACAUAUUCAUCAACCGGAGAUGGCCACAAGCUUAGGUUUGUGUACAGGGCUGACUCGCUUGUUCACGAGGCAAACAUUACCAUACCCCUUAACUUUCCAUUUAAAAAAGCCAAGCUUGAAUUUGAAGGAAGUAUGAAGAACCUCAAAUUCUACCACAAGCUUAAUGAAAUCCUGGGCAGAACCAGUAAGUUUGUCGAGGUGCUUCUGCUUUGGAAAAUAGACAUAGAUAACCAUCUGAUGGGAUAUUCAGAGUGUCUAAUCUGCUAUUUUAUUAUGGAGCCGAAAUACCGAACCUUUCCGGAAUUCAAAUGCGAAGUAUGCAAGAACAGCUUUCACGAUAAAUGCAUCUACAAAUGGGCAUCUGAGAGCAAAAAGGCACACUGCCCAUUUUGCAGGAGCGAGCUGCCAUUGUGGGACAGAGCGUCAGGUCACAGUUAA